AUGACGUUUGAUCAACAAGACGCUAUCACUGCUUUUAACGCAAACCAUAGGCUGGCCCUCACGGAUAUUUUAUAUUUCUAUGGGCAUGUCCCAAUUACCUCCAAGAUCACUGCUGUGAGAUUGCUUUCAUACGACUUGCAAUCUAUGACAAUCAGGUUCCAUCACAACGAGGUCGAGUUUGAUAUUGACAAGUUAAUCGUAUUCGAGACACCAUUGACGCAAUUAUCUGAUUUCACCGUAUACAUCGACAAGAUGGUUAGAAAAGCUGCGAAGGAGAGAAACUACUCGCAUAUACAGAUUAAUGAGGUUGUGUACCCUAACAAUAUAGUCGAAUACAUCAUUAUUGUGGCUGUUUUCCUGCCAUUGAUGUGUUAUUUCUACCGUCCAUUGCUUCACCUGCUGCCAUUGCCAGAAUUCAUUAAAGAGUUCCUAGACAAUGACUUUAUAUUGAUUGCUAUCGAAGCUCUAGCUAUCAUUACCCACAUUUUAGAGACAUACAUAUUAUUAAGACCAAAAUUGAAGUUCUACAGGGUCCCAACCGAUUUUCUGAUUGAAUGGUACGCAUUGGGCCUUCUUGAAGGCUAUGCUCCUGCCAAGAGACUCGAACAACUUGCAAUGGAGAAACUAAAGUCUGAGUAG